AUGGAACAAUCAGAAGUGGUAAUUUGGGAAGGUAAAACGUGGCCAGUUGGAAUAAUUUCACCUUUAAUUUGCAGUUCUACUAAAUGGCGCAUCACAACUCGAAGAAUUGACUAUAUAUCUGGAAUAUGUGGAAGUGAAGAAAACACACUGGAUCUUAGAAGGAUAACUGAUCUCAAAUAUAAACGUUCAUGUGUCCAGUUACUGGUGGGUCGUGGAACAUUGACAAUUUUUUCAAACGAUAACACGGAUCCCGUACUAAAAAUAUCAACCUGGGGAAUGAAAAGAACAUAUCGGAAGCUAAAGGACGCUUGGUCGGCCGCUCGUAUUGUCGCUUCUGUUCAACUUUAA